AUGGUGCUGCGCAACAGGAAGCUCGUGAUCAGGGCCAACCUAUCUUGCUUUGACCUGAGCACCAUACUGGAGUCCGUCCGCACGCAGUGUCCGAAGCUCAUCUACCUCGGAAUAUGGUAUCGUGACGGCUUUGUGUACGUGUACGUCCAGGGCGCAGAGCGUAUGUCGGACAUCAUGCUCACCAAAGCACUGGAGGGCCACAUGGUCAUAGAGCACAUCUCCACGUAUGAUGCCCCCGGAGGCGAGCUACAGGAAGAGUGGCGCGCUAAGCCAGUUCGUGGAAACAAGAAAAUUGAGAUCAAAUCUGACACUACCGCGGUAUUCGUGAACCCUUUGGGCAAGGAGUCUCUGCGACACAUCAGCGGCAACUAUGUCGCCGAUUUGCUGAGACCCCUUCCCGGCAUUGACGUAUUCUAUAAGUUUGGAUUGAAGCUCUACUCUCUUCACCAAAACAUUAACUUCAGGGCGCGCAAAGGGGACAAGAACGCCAGGGUGUGCUGUAGCCGCAAAGGGUGGAUCACCGUCCCCAGAGAUGAGGCGUACGACGAGAUUCUGCAAAUCUUGGUUGAGAAGACUCGGGAAGCCGUAAGCAUGUUCAGACAGACGAUUCCGGCAUACUACUUCGAUCAUUUCGACAUGCAUUCAGACAGCAUCCUCGCCUACAAGGACUCCGCCGUGCCCGAGCAAAGGAAGUUGUACGAAAGGAGGCGCAACAAGGUUCUCAACAACAUCGCUGUCAGCGUGACCGACAACCUGUGUCGAAUGGGCGGCUGGAGCGACAAGAAGCGCAAGCUCGUUUACAAAGCGCUCCCAACGCGCUCUCGACGUACCAGUCAGCCAUCGACUACGGAGCUCUAA